AUGGCAAAAGAAAAGAAGAAGAAGGACAAGAAAAAAAAGGGCACUUCACAGCUGUCCAAGGAACCUCGAACUUACUUUCCAGAAGCUCUGUUGGCAUAUCAAAUUCAGAUCAAGGAGGAGAUCAUUGAUCAGCUUCUCUAUGACAUAAAAACCCAGGAAGCAAAGAAUGACAGAUGCAAAGAAAGGAACCAGCACUUAAAAGAAGAACAGAUUGGACACAUCCGGGCACUCCUAACCAGCCUAAAAGAACAGGAGAAGGAACUGGAGAAAAUUGAAAUUGUUACCAGAGAUGAUGUAGAAAAAGCAAUGAAGGAGAAAUGGCAGUAUGUCAAAGACCAGGAUAAACUUAUUAAAGACGUGCGCUUGCAGAUACAUUAUGUUGAGCAAAAGCUUCUGCGGAAGCAGACGGAGGUGGAUUACUGGCUGGCAUACAAAAAUGUGGGGAGUACCGAACACGCCAAGCAGAUAGAAUACCUCGAAAUGGACAUCAAGAAGCUGAAAGAGGACCUUGAAGAAAUGACAGAAUUUUUCAGACUUGCUCUGGAAGAAACCAAGGAAAAAAUUGACAAAAGCACUCUGAGGCAAAUGGAGCAGAAGAAGGAGUGGGCCACUGAGAAUGCCGUUAAGCACAUUGAUAAAAUCAGCUGCAGGGAGAUCAAAGAAUACGAGUGGCUCAAAGAAGAGGUCGCAGCUUACCGAAAGGAAGUGAGUUUGCUGGAAGACUCCAUCCAUGAGCUAGAAGCGGAAAAUAUCUACCUCAUCAACAAGCUGUUUGAGUACAAAUUACAGUUUCUUAGAGUGCCGAGCAAGUUAUUUCUCACCCAGGGAGCUGGCUUGCAGAUGCCUGGAGAAGGAUCGUUAAGAGAGCAAGGCAGUCCCUAUGCAGGAUUAAAAUCAGAAGAAAACAGUGAAGCUGCAAUACCUGAAGUUCUCCCUGCUGUGCAGAAGGGAAGUGGGUCGAAAACCUGGGAUUUCACAGUAAUGGAAGAAGGACUAGAAGACGAGGAGGAUGUGGUUGAUCUGCAAGGACAUUCAGCUACUGGGUUUCUUCCCCCUAUCCUGUACGAGGAUGCAAACGAUUUCAAGGAGUACAAGGAUCUGGGGUCCCUGGAAGUGAAAUUAAUGACCAUAGUGGGUCAAGCCAUGCCAAUUCAUGAAGACAUCAAGGAAAUGCCAAGCAAAACCCAGCUUGAAGAAAAAUAUGAUGCCAGUAGGUCACCCCGCCAAAUCACCUACCAGAUGAUCAAGUCGGUAUUUCCUUAAAUGGGUGAAGAAAAAGUAGAAAUGGCUUCUUGAAAUGCCAGAUUAGUCUGGUAUUUCUCUUUUGUUUAAAAUUUCCAUUUGGCAUUUGUGUGUAGAAACAGUUUAAACUGGAUGCAUUACCAAGAAUGUGUAACCUUGCAUGUACUGAAUCCUCACCAAACUCACAUCAAAUGCAAGAUCUGAGCCCUGUGGUAACUUGUUCUGAAGUGACUACACAGAGGUACUUUGAUUAUAUCCCUUAGAGGAUCACAAUGCGCCUUGUGAUCACAAAAUAAAAUGAUUUCAGGAAUUCAAAA